GUCCAAUUCUCUCCCAACAGUCGCAUCCUGCCCGCAGCAGCUCCACCGCUACCGUUAGCUAGCUAAUAAGGGAGUAGCAAGUCCUUUUUUUUACCGAGUCAACGACCUCCCGACAGCUCAGCAUUAUGUCAUUUAUUGGGUAGCUCUUUAGGGAAAAUGAAUUUGAGUUUUUUCCGGGCCAGCACGCCUCCUGGAAGACAAAAUUCCCGCUGUAAAGUCAGCGUUUUCACUUCGACCUCCGUAGCCGAACGGGUUUAGCAAGUCAGUCGGUUUUGACAAGCGACGGGCUCAUCUGUCCGCCGCUGCUCCGUCAGGAGGAGGGGGGGAUUCGGACAAAGCCAGUCAGAUGUUGGACGGUAAAAAUAACCUCGGAGCUCCAACGAUUUUACACCUGGUUGUGAAAUCCAACUAUCAAGCUGAUCGCCUGUCGUGAAAGUGCCAGCGACGAGGGGAGGACGGUCUAUUUUUGGGAGGGCGAGAGUUUGGAUCUCGCACCGACGGAAGGAGGAGGAAGACCCGCAGAGACGAAGGGACGUAGGGGGAGAAGAUCCUGAUGCCCGUGAUGGCAAACGAGCCGAUCAUCCUAAACGUCUAUGAUAUGUACUGGAUCAAUGAGUUCACCAGCUCUCUGGGCAUAGGAGUCUUUCACUCAGGGAUUGAGAUCUAUGGAAGAGAGUUUGCCUAUGGCGGACACCCGUACCCAUUCUCAGGGAUCUUUGAGAUCACGCCAGGUGAUGCAACUGAACUCGGCGAGACCUUUAAGUUCAAAGAAGCCAUAGUCCUGGGCAGCACAGACUUCACAGAGGAGGAUGUGGAGCGGAUCGUGGAGGAGAUGGGGAAGGAGUACAAAGGCAACGCCUACCACCUCAUGCACAAGAACUGCAACCACUUCUCCUCAGCACUGUCAGAGGUGGGCACAAACAUCCUAUCAGAACACAUCGCAUAG